AUGAAGCACAACAACGUAUUGCCUAACCAGCACUUCCGCAAGGACUGGCAGCUCCACGUUCGCACGUGGUUCGACCAGCCUGGCAAGAAGAAGUCCCGUCGUGUGCAAAGGAUCAAGAAGGCUGCUCGCGUGGCUCCCCGCCCCGUUGAUGGUCUCCUUCGCCCCGCUGUCCGCGGUCAGACCGUGAAGUACAACAUGAAGCUUCGUGCUGGUCGUGGUUUCACUUUGGAGGAGCUGAAGGCUGCUGGUGUCCGCCGCAAGGAGGCUCGCUCCAUCGGCAUCGCUGUGGACCACCGUCGCAAGAACCGCUCCACGGAGGGUCUUGAGGCCAACGUUCAGCGUUUGAAGGAGUACAGCGCUCGUUUGAUCGUCUUCCCCAAGAAGGCUAACAAGCCCAAGAAGGGUGACGCUGAUGCCGCCGCCGUCUCUGGCGCUACUCAACUCCGCGGAGCCAUUCUUCCUAUUGUUCAACCCGCCGCCACCGAGACCGAGCGCAAGAUCGGUGAGGCCCCUAAGGUCCACGCGUACGCUGCCCUCCGCAAGGCUCGCUCCGACAAGAAGCUCAAGGGUGUCAGGGAAGCCCGCAUCAAGGCGAAGGAAGAGGAGGAGAAGGCCAAGAAGUAA